UUCAGGUGUACCUGGACUUGAGCCACACCCCUACCCACCUGGCCUGUUGCCUGGCAACACGCUGCUUCUGUCUGCUUUCCAGCGGAGAGUGUCCAGGUCUGGAGGUGUGUACUGCAGUUCUCUCCCUGUCAGCUCUCUAACCGUCGUGUCACUGGGAGAUUCGAGCUCCGCCCUGCCUCCCCCUGCUCCCAUGAUGCAUCUGGGUGCGUGGUCAGUGAGCAGAGAGCAGAGGUGCAUUGUGGGUCAGGUCACAGGUCACGUGGUGUGUUUCCUGUUCCUGCAGCUGCAGUGGAGCUGCUCGCUGUGUGGGAGUCUCUACAUGCAGACGUGUUCCAGUUCUCCGUGUGGAUCCACCUCAUCCGUCUUUCAGUCCAAAGCAAAGCUGGUGAUUGAUGACGGCACAGGUGAGGCUCACGUGUGGUUCUCCGGUGCUCUGGUUCGUCCUCUGCUCGGAUUGGCUGAUUCUCAGUGGGAGGGGCUUCAGAGAGCACUAAGGGUCAGAGGUCACAUCAGAGUCUACCCCCGGGGGCGGAGCAUGGUCAGUGAGACUUUCUCUCAGGUGUGUGACUCUGAUGACCCUCUCCUCCACUUCCUGAUGUGUGUGUGCAGCAGUGAUGUUGUGUGUCGUCAGCUCUCUCUCACCUGUAGAAAACAGAGCAGCCAGAGAUCAGAAGAGAUGAAGAGGUUCAGCAGAGGAGAACGAGACUUCAUGACCAGGGUGACUCCUCCUCUACAGCUCACCUGUCUGCACCUGAACACUGAUGAUGUCACCGUCAGCACACUGAUACGCAGGUGAUCGGUCACAGGAAGAGGCGGAGCCAGCUCACCUUUCUUUGAAUGUAGUUUCUCCAUUUUACAGAAUGUGUUGAUGUUCUGUUUAUAGAAGUUAUUAAAUCUUCAUUUAUUCCUCCUGAA